CAGCAGUUUUCUUUUUGGCAUUUGACACACACGCGCAACAAAGAAGGGCCCACCAUGCCGACUGUGGUGGUGAUGGACGUGUCCCUCUCCAUGACCCGGCCAGUCUCCGUCGAGGGUUCCGAGGAAUAUCAGCGAAAACAUCUCGCUGCCCACGGCCUGACCAUGCUGUUUGAGCACAUGGCUACCAACUACAAACUGGAAUUCACGGCCUUAAUUGUGUUUUCCUCCCUCUGGGAGCUCAUAGUGCCCUUCACGAGAGACUACAAUACCCUCCAGGAGGCCCUGAGCAAUAUGGAUGAUUAUGACAAGACCUGUUUGGAGGCAGCCCUGGUUGGGGUUUGCAGCAUCGUGCAGCAAGAAUGGGGGGCGGCUGUUCCCUGCCAGGUUGUACUGGUCACCGACGGCAGCUUAGGCAUCGGCAAGGGCUCUCUCCGCCACUCCUUGGCGACUCUCAACCAGCAGAAGGAGAAUCGCUUCCCCCUGCCGUUCCCUUUCCCGUCCAAGUUAUACGUCAUGUGCAUGGCCAACUUGGAGGAGCUGCAGAGCUCAGAUUCCUUAGACUGUCUUGAACGCCUGAUAGACUUGAACAACGGGGAAGGGCAGAUCUUCACUAUCGAUGGACCCCUGUGCUUGAAGAACGUACAGUCCAUGUUCGGAAAACUUAUAGAUGUGGCUUACACACCGUUCCAUGCAGUUCUGAAAUGCGGUCAUUUGUCUUCGGACGUGCAAGUGUUCCCCCGGCCGGAGCCUUUUGUGAUUGACGAAGAGAUCGAUCCAAUCCCGAAAUCCAUUAAUACAGACUUGGAGAUAGUUGGAUUCAUAGACAUCGCAGACAUUUCCAGCCCCCCCGUCUUAUCUCGACAUCUGGUGCUGCCCAUUGCCCUCAACAAAGAAGGCGACGAAGUGGGUCCAGGGAUCGCCGAUGAUGCAGAAGACGAGAAUUCGGCCAAUCAGAUUGCGGGCAAGAUCCCCAACUUCUGUGUGCUCUUGCACGGCAGCUUGAAAGUGGAGGGCAUGGUGGCCAUUGUCCAGUUAGGGCCAGAAUGGUACGGGAUGCUGUAUUCCCAAGCCGACAGCAAGAAGAAGUCAAACCUGAUGAUGUCUCUCUAUGAACCGGGCGCUGAGCCUCUCCCUUGGCUGGGCAAGAUGUCCCAGCUGGGCCCCAUCUCAGAUGCCAAAGAGAACCCAUACGGCGAGGAUGACAAUAAGAGCCCCUUCCCCUUGCAGCCCAAGAACAAGCGCAGUUACGCCCAGAACGUCACCGUGUGGAUUAAACCCAACGGCCUCCAGACGGACGUACAGAAGAUCCUCAGGAAUGCACGGAAACUCCCUGAAAAGACUCAGACCUUCUACAAGGAACUGAACCGCUUGCGAAAGGCUGCCCUGGCCUUUGGGUUUCUGGACCUCCUAAAGGGAGUGGCGGAUAUCCUCGAAAGGGAGUGCACCCUCCUGCCGGACACGGCCCACCCGGACGCCGCUUUCCAGCUGACCCACGCGGCCCAGCAACUGAAACUGGCCAGCACCGGCACCUCCAACUACGCGACUUUUGACCACAACAUCACUCCUCUGCAGACGGACUUCUCCAGCAGCGGGACAGACCGGCUGUGAGGCCCAAAAGCUCUGGCCAGCCCCCUAACUGCGUUGGGGGGUCUGUCUCUUCUCUGUGCUCCUGUCCCUGAACAUUGAGGGUAGACUUCUGUUUUAGUAUUAAAUGUGUCUUUUGUA